UUAAACCACUGAAAGCAGCAUCGCAUAUCAGUCUGCAUACUCGACUCUUUUGCUCUGUCUCUCUCUCCUUCACUCUCUCUCUCUCUUCCUCGCUCCUUGUGGCUGUACUGGCCCUUCUGUUUGACAGGAAAAAAGGCUGUGCAAUUUCACUCUCUGCUCUUUAGUCCGAGAAGGCAGUACCUCCAACUGCAGCGCCCAGGCUCCUCUACCCCUCUACCUCUGAGACUUUCUCUCGUGCUUUUUCUGUGCCUCCACUCUUUUUCCUCUCCUUUGUUGAGCGCGAUUACACAAAGCGGCAAAAAUGGAAGCCAUCAAGAAGAAGAUGCAGAUGCUGAAGCUGGAUAAGGAGAACGCCAUCGACCGGGCGGACCAGGCAGAGUCGGAGCAGAAGGCAGCCGAGGACAAGUGCAAGCAGCUUGAGGAGGAGUUGGCCAGCCUGCAGAAGAAGAUGAAGGGAACGGAGGAUGAGCUGGACAAGUUCUCAGAGGCGCUGAAGGACGCCCAGGAGAAGCUGGAACUCUCCGAGAAGGCGGCCACUGAUGCUGAAGGGGACGUGGCAGGCCUGAACCGCAGGAUUCAGCUGGUGGAGGAGGAGCUGGACCGGGCCCAGGAGAGACUGGCCACAGCGCUGCAAAAGCUGGAGGAGGCAGAGAAGGCCGCUGACGAGAGCGAGAGAGGUAUGAAGGUUAUUGAGAACCGUGCAAUGAAAGAUGAGGAGAAGAUGGAGAUUCAGGAGUUGCAGCUGAAGGAGGCCAAGCACAUUGCUGAGGAGGCCGACCGCAAAUAUGAGGAGGUGGCCCGCAAGCUGGUCAUCCUGGAGGGUGAGCUGGAGAGAGCUGAGGAGAGGGCCGAGGUGUCAGAACUUAAAUGCGGAGAUUUGGAAGAGGAAUUGAAAAAUGUCACUAACAACCUCAAGUCUUUAGAAGCCCAGUCUGAGAAGUACUCAGAGAAAGAGGACAAAUAUGAAGAGGAGAUCAAGAUGCUCACUGACAAGCUGAAAGAGGCAGAGACACGGGCCGAGUUUGCAGAGAGGACGGUGACCAAACUGGAAAAGACCAUCGAUGAUCUAGAGGAAAACCUAUCUAAUGCAAAAGAGGAGAACCUGGAGAUGCAACAAAUGUUGGACCAGACACUACAGGAGCUGAACAGCUUGUAAACACCUGGAGGGACCAAGGAGAUUGAAUCAUCAACAUUCCACAGUUUCAGCUUAGAACUCUCUAAGCUUUUUAAAGCUGGCUUUGUCUCACUCCGUCUCCCUGUCUCUAUUUUGUCAAAAAACAUUCCAGCAACUAUUUUCAAAUUGUCCAGCUUUUUGCUAUCACUAGUUUGUGUCUGUGCACAUUCCUGUUAACCACUUUUUAUUUGGUUAUAUUUUGUUGUUGUUGUUGAAGAAUUAUAUAUCAGUGAAUCCACAGUGAGGCCAAGUCUUAUUGAAAAAGUUUGCAAAUGACUCACUAUUUGUUUGUAUAAUCCAGGCCUAGACUUUACAUUACAAUGUGUUAUUUCACAUGGACAAACUACAUUUCAAGGUAACAUUUUAAUAAUAAGUAACACAGACAGAACUUUAUUUAUUUCUGGUAGGAUAAUAACAAAUCAUCUCCAGAAGACCUGUGUACAGAACCGUAGCCUACAUGCCAUGCCAAGAGCACCCCUCUCUGUUGUAUUCAAAAAUAUUUUGUCUAAUGUGAAGGCUGCAGCCUAUGCCAGUUUCAAAAUGUGACAAUCUUCAAGAAAAUAUAUAUUAUUACUCUAGACUGUUGUAGGCUAUAGUCUAUAGCUUGAUGGUGCUAAGAAUUUAUCAUUCUAAAAUACUUUUAUAAAAAAUAAGUAAUGCUUGUAAAACACAAAACCAAAGAUUUUGACCGUUUUCCCUCAGUGUUCUUCCCUCCCCCCACACACACCCAAACUUGUUUAUUUUGUAGGGCUUACCUUCCCUUAGCCUAUGUCUAUCUUAAUUUGUUUUGUAUCUCUGAAGAAGUUGUAAUAAAGUUUUAUACAUUUUGGA